AAAAAAGCAUACACCAUCACACAAAGAAGAAGACGAGGGGGAAAUUACAAGGAAAAGCAGAAUAAAUCUAACAAACUCUCCACGAAAAACCUGACGAUGACUUUCGAUAGGAAUUAUUACCGGGUUAAUGUUUUCCUUUGACGUUCACAAUGAUUUCCGUGAGCUACAUCCUUUUGUGUGGACAAUUCCUACUGUUAGUGACGGUCAUUCUUUUGCAAUGUUUGGAAGGGAUCCACUCUCAAAACUCGUCGAGCGCUGAUGCUUCCACCGGCGGUCCUGCCUCGACCGUGACUCCCUUCAGCGAUCAGACUCCCGAAGUAUUGAAAUAUGAAGUUCCAAUGGGAAGUACGAAUUACACAGACACCUUCGAGUACAAGGCUUUGUCAGCAGUCGUCCUCUGCGGCUAUUUACCAGAGGAGUUCAUCUACUGUCAAGACCCUGUAGAUCAUGCUGGAAAUCAUAGCGCUUUUCUGGAGAUGGGUCAUGGCUGUGUUGGGUGGGGAGGCCAGACUCAGAAAGAAGUGAACCACACACCAGUUGUCUGCACUGCACUUGAUGAUAUUGAGUGUGCUGGGCCUAGAGAAUUCCUCAGGGGGAACGUACCUUGCAUCAACUGCUCAAGCUCCUCCUGGUGAGCGACUCCCUCCUCCUCUAAUUAAGAAGACAGAACAGCUGGGUGCUCCCUUUGUCUGUCUAUCAUGUUUAAGGAGUGAGGAGUGAAACAGUUUACCGCUAAAUAAGUUAUUUUGAUUAUUAUGAAGUCAACCACAGAGAAUAUUUUUUGUUUGUGAAAAUAAAUUAUAAACGUUUUGAAUCUAGAAAUAUCUCCGCAAGUGCUUAUUAAGGAAUUUAGUAAGUCAUAAACCUCCUUCUCGGGGCUACUCUGCUAUCUUUAUUUUAAUUUUUUGAACCCUUUUUGAACGCAAGAGUAGCCGUAACAAGUAAAUAAACUUCACUGAAGAUCCGAAGGAUCAACCACCAAGGACAGAAAGCACCCGACAGGCCGUGAGUAAAAUCAGCUGAUGGACUUCAUGAAUGAAUGAACGCGCUGCUGCGCUGUAUGGAAUCAUUGGAACGCGAUGGAAAAGAGAGUUGCAGAUUGAGGAUGUAAAAUAUAAUAAACAGGAUGUUGGAAGGAGGUUUAAGAAUGAAUUAAACAAUGAAAUAAGUGGAAAUUAAAUUGAGCUGUGUGAUUAUCUGGAAUGAUGUCUGGCACACCUGAGACGGCAGCUGAGGCCGACGAGAUGCUGAGAACGCGCAUUGCUUCGCGCAGAGGCAGACUGGGCGCGUGCACGAGGAGGCAAAAUAAAUAAAGACUUUGAUGACUGAUGGAACAAAUGCUGAUAAAGUCAAUGAAGAAUUUGAAGUAUUUAAAAGAGCUGUGGAUGCUUUUAAAAAUGCUCUCAACUUUGUGCAAGAAUUCUUAUCAGAGUAGGAAAAGGAAAAUGAUUAUUAUGACUCGGUAUGAACCCAGAAUAAUACAUUUGAAUUAAUUCAUGAAAGUUGUUGAAAAAUGGAAAAAAAAUUGCACAAUAAAAAGUUGGACCACUAGAAAGCAUAUCAAAUGUAUCUCACAUAUCAAAUUCUGCCACUGGAUCAAAGGCCUCCAGAUGUUACUCAGUGUCCUCAGAAUUAAAAAAGGCCAAAGCUGACCAGGCUGCUACAAUGGCUCGAGCUGCUGCACUGAAGGAAAAACACACCUUGCAACUGGAGGAAACAAAGCUUAAAGCAAAGAUGGAGCGAAUGGAGUUGGAAGCAGACCUCGCAUCAUCAACUGCUAAUAUACAAAUCCUUCAAAGUGAUUUAAUUCAUAAAAGUAAUGAAGUGGUUUAGGAACCCACGACUGAGUAUUAUGAUUCUCACCAUGAAAGAAAAGCUAUGGAGAGCAUUGUGGACUUUAUAGAGUUGAGUGCAAUACCCAAAACCCCACUUCACCAAACCAUUUUAAGUCUCCACAGACCUCUACAAAAAAGGAAUACAAACACAUCAGAAGAUCUAAAUAAACCUCAAAACAAAAACGCAACUGAAAAACACAAUACCCAGAGUGUAAAUCAGACGCAAAUAAUAAAUCACUCUGCACCUCUGGAGCCUAUCUCAGCUGCAUUUGUGCGAAAGGCGGGGUACACCCUGGACAAGUCAUCACCUCAUCGCAGGGCCGGAAAGAUAGACAGACAACAUUCACACACUUGGGCCAAUUUUAGUGUUGCCUAUCAACUUAUCCCCAGGUGCUUGUUUUGGGGGGUGGGAGGAAGCCGGAGUAUGUAAUUUCAAAAACUGAAAGUGCAAGAUUGUCAGAGACAUUUUACAGAGUAAGCACUCUUCAUUCUCUAGCAGGUGACUCUUCAAAUUAUCCUACAUAGUAGCAGUAAUGCUUCUUUUGGUAGCAACGCUUGUGCUCCACACUUGACCAAUUAAAGUUGUCUUUUCGACAUAUUCCCGCUUGAAGCCGAACCACCGCCAGACGACGGACCCACUGCUGUUUUUCUUGGGAAUAAUUCUUCCUUCAUUUGUUACCAGAUUUGCACCUUCUUUCUCUCGUGUUACCACUCGCACGGUUUCGCUAGCAUCACAGGUAACGUUACCCAUGCUGCUACCUCUCUGCUCCGCGAGGGCGUAUACGUAUGUGACGUAUGUAAGAAAGUGCGCUUGCUGUCUGUGGAGAAGGAGACACAAGAAAGAGUGGGAAGAGCCUGCAGUGUAAAGCCCACAGCUAAAAGCAACUGCGUGAGAACGUAUACUCGAAUAUCACGAUAUAGGUAUUUUCUAUAUCGCACAGAAACAAACCCUCGAAAUAACACUUGUAUAUAUAUAUAUAUAUAUAUAUAUAUGUGUGUAUA